GAGUGCAUUUCCAUCCACAUCGGGCAGGCCGGGGUGCAGAUGGGCAAUGCCUGCUGGGAGCUCUACUGCCUGGAGCACGGCAUCCAGGCUGAUGGCACCAUUCCUGCUUCCAAGCAGGUGAAAUCCAUGGAUCCCAACUCUGAGCAAGUGGAUUCCUCCUUUGAGACCUUCUUCUGUGAGACAGCAUCUGGCAAACACGUGCCCCGGGCAGUGUUCAUAGACCUGGAGCCCACUGUCAUUGAUGAGAUCAGGACUGGCACCUACCACGGGCUUUUCCACCCAGAGCAGCUCAUCAGUGGCAAAGAGGACGCUGCCAACAACUACGCCCGUGGCCACUACACCAUCGGCAAGGAAAUCAUCGACACCGUGCUCAGCAGGAUCCGCAAAAUGGCUGACCAGUGCAGUGGCCUCCAAGGCUUCCUGGUGUUCCACAGCUUCGGGGGAGGCACCGGCUCCGGCUUCACCUCGCUGCUGAUGGAGCGGCUCUCGGUGGAGUACAGCAAGAAAUCCAAGCUGGAAUUCUCGGUGUACCCGGCCCCUCAGGUGUCCACGGCCGUGGUGGAGCCUUACAACUCCAUCCUGACCACGCACACCACGCUGGAGCACUCGGACUGCUCCUUCAUGGUGGACAACGAGGCCAUCUACGACAUCUGCCACCGCAACCUGGACAUCGAGCGGCCCACCUACACCAACCUGAACCGCCUCAUCGGCCAGAUCGUGUCGUCGGUCACGGCCUCGCUGCGCUUCAACGGCGCCCUCAACGUGGACCUCAUCGAGUUCCAGACCAACCUGGUGCCUUACCCACGCAUCCACUUCCCUCUCACCACCUACGCUCCCAUCGUGUCGGCCGAGAAGGCGUACCACGAGCAGCUCUCCGUGCCCGAGAUCACCAACGCCUGCUUCGACUUCUCCAACCAGAUGGUGAAGUGUGACCCUCGGCGUGGCAAGUACAUGGCGUGCUGCCUGCUGUACCGCGGCGACGUCGUGCCCAAGGACGUCAACGCCGCCAUCGCCGCCAUCAAGACGCGCCGCUCCAUCCAGUUCGUGGAUUGGUGCCCCACUGGUUUCAAGGUGGGUAUCAACUACCAGCCACCCACCGUGGUGCCAGGUGGGGACCUGGCCAAGGUGCAGAGGGCCGUGUGCAUGCUGAGCAACACCACGGCCAUCGCCGAGGCCUGGGCGCGCCUGGACCAUAAGUUUGACCUGAUGUACGCCAAGAGGGCCUUCGUGCACUGGUACGUGGGGGAGGGAAUGGAGGAAGGGGAGUUCUCCGAGGCCAGGGAGGACCUGGCGGCCCUGGAGAAGGAUUAUGAGGAGGUUGGAAGGGACUCUGCAGAUGGAGAGGAGGAUGAGGGUGAUGAGGAUGAGUAUUGACAAAGUGCAGCCUGGCCUUGU